AUGGCUUUUCAUAAAGAGAUAUAUAUUAUGCGCCAUGCACAGGCAGAACACAAUGUAAACAAGGAUUAUAACUUAAAAGACCCAGUAUUAACAGAAUUUGGCAAAGAUCAAGCAAGACUUUUAUUAUUAUACUAUGAACAGCUUAAAAAUGUUGAAUUAAUCAUUUCAUCGCCAAUGCGUAGGGCAUUAGAAACUGUUAUGAUUGGAUUUGAUGGAUUUUUGGACUUAAAAGAUCAAAAACAUAUAAAUUAUCCUUCUAUACCUUUAAUUAUUUUACCUGAACUUCAAGAAACUUCUGAUAGAAAUUGUGAUACAUGUUCUUCACUUGAAAAUCUUAAAUCAUGGUUUCCUUCAUUAGAUUGGAGCUUUUGCAGUCAAGAACAGUUCAUAAAAACAGGUUUUUUUGCUUAUGAACCAAGUAUGCUUGAAAAAAGAGCCAUUUGGCUAAGAAAUUGGGUUUCAAAUCGAAAAGAAAACAAAAUACUAAUCGUCUCUCACUUAAGCUUCAUAAAAUACUUAGUAGAUGAUCCAACUUAUUGGCAAAAUCUUGAAAUAAAGAAGUAUAUUAUUGAAACUGAUUCUAUUUUUAAACAGGUCUCUUUUUCAUAA